UCAGCAGCUAACUUGGAGCAGCCUGGAUGGAGCACGGCAGUGUGGUGGUGGAUGGAGAACCUGUGGACUGACAGCAUCGCUCUACACUGAAGGAAACCUCAGCAGCCGGUUGUACCAUGGAGUUUGGAAGAGUUUGGUCCAGAUAUCAGAGGACGGUGCUGAUCACCAUGAUGAUGUUCAAACUGGGCCUACUGUGCACAGCUGCAGCAGACAAGUGUCUGUCAUCUCCCUGCAACAAUGGUGCCACAUGUCUUGAAAACCUGGGUGACUAUGUUUGCCUUUGCCCCAAAGGACCGAUGUGGUACAUGGGCGAAAACUGUGAUGAGCUGUAUGAUGCCUGUAUCAUGGCACCUUGCACCAACUGUACCAGCAGGCCUGGCACUGACGAGUUCACCUGCCACUGCCCGGACGGCUUCACGGGCCUCAACUGCACACAGGAUGUAGAUGAAUGUCAGAGCAACCCCUGCAAAGGCAUCCAGUCCAAUUGUGUCAACGGAAUCAAUGGCUAUUCCUGCUACUGCCCCCUGGGAUUGGGAGGGGAGGACUGCCAGGAUAAUGUGACCAUUUGUUUAGAGAAAACAUGCCAGAAUGGUGGCACCUGUCUGGACAUCCCUGACAUUGGGCACAGGUGCCAGUGUGCUGCUGGGUACCAGGGGAUGGACUGUGAGGAGAACAUUGAUGAAUGCCGGUCUCAGCCCUGUAAGAAUGGAGCCAUCUGUAAAGACGGGGCUGAUACCUACCAGUGUUUCUGUGUGCCUGGAUUUCAAGGCUACCACUGUGACUUGGACAUCAACGAGUGUGCCUCCCGACCCUGUCAAAACAAUGGCACAUGUCUGGAUGAGGUGGAUCACUACAGGUGUGACUGCCCUCCAGGAUUCAAAGGGAUUAAUUGUGAGGUGGAGAUCGAUGAGUGCGAGGUGAAUCCCUGCCAGAACGGUGCCACCUGCCGCGAUCACAUCGCCACAUACACGUGUGAGUGCGUGGCCGGCUUCCAGGGCCAAGACUGCGAGGUCAACAUUGAUGAAUGUGCCAGCAUUCCCUGUUUGAAUGAGGGCCAGUGCCUCGACGGGGUCAACAGCUAUGAGUGUGACUGUGAGGCGACGGGCUUUGUCGGCGACUACUGUGAAGAGGAUAUUCUGGAAUGUGCUUCGGACCCCUGCCAGCAUGGAGCCACUUGUUUGGAGGCGAUCAACCAGUACACGUGCCUCUGCUGGCCAGGUUACGAGGGGGAGAACUGCCAGCUGGAUAUAGAUGAGUGUGAGCAGCAUCCCUGUGAGAAUGGUGGCAAAUGUUUCCAGCGUUCAGACAUCCUGCAGUAUGUACCGCUGCUUGAAUUCAGCAAAGCCAAUUUCAGCUAUGAAGACGCAGCUGGUUUCACAUGCCGCUGUCUGCCAGGAUUCACUGGAGACAACUGCUCAGUCAAUGUGGACGAGUGUGAGACUGCUCCGUGUCACAAUGAAGGAACCUGUCAGGAUCUGGUCAACUCUUAUCAAUGCGUGUGUCCAGACGGCUUCACAGGCGUACACUGUGAAGUGGACAUCAACGAGUGUGACAGCAAUCCAUGCCAGAAUGGCGCCACGUGUGAAGACUCUGCCAACUCCUAUAGUUGUCACUGCCCCGUUCCAGUGCCUGGCCAGGAGCCUUGGGGUGGGCGAGAUUGUGACGUCCGUCUGGUCGGCUGCCGGCAACACCAGUGUCAACACAAAGCAGGUUGCUUCCCCGUGCUGACUGAUGCUGAAGAGCACAGCUACACCUGCCUCUGUCCGCCUGGCUGGACUGGAGAACACUGCAACACCUCCACCACCUUCUCCUUCAACUCAGAGGGUUUUAUCCACAUGCAGCUACCUGUUUCCAAAAACAGGACGAAAAGAGAGACAAAAGACCACAAUCACGGGCUCCACAUGCAGGUGCGAUUCAAGAGCACUCUGCCCGACAUGGUGCUGUACUACCGGGGCACCAUGGAGCGCUUUGUCUCCUUGGAGCUUGUUGGAGGCUCCCUUCAGGCCACGGUGAAGUCAGGGAAGAUACUGCAGGUUAUUAACCCUCGUCCAGUCAAUGACGGGGAAUGGCAUCAGGCCACUGUCACCAUGGAUGAGAGGCUGCUUCUGGUUGUAAAAGGACCUGGUUGUGAGGAAGAGUGCCUACUAAAAAAUGAGGGCUACAACCAUCUGAUCUUCUUCCAGCCCAGCUCCUUUCAACAGCUAUAUGUUGGAGGGGCACCGCAGGAAUAUUUAGCCCAUACGUCCAGCGGUAGAGGGUUCAUUGGCUGCAUGGAAGACCUUCAAGUUGACCACAAGCUACUUCUGCCUCAAGACCUCAUUAGAGAGGAAGGCUUUGGCUUGGAAAUUGGAUGCAGCAAAAAAAAUUGGUGUCAAGAAGACUCAUGCAUGCAACAUGGGGUGUGUGUGGACAUGUGGGUUCGUCCAAGCUGUCAGUGCCAUCGGCCUUACUAUGGAGAAAGCUGUAACAAAGAGUAUCCCUCCUGGACCUUCGGUCAUGAGAACACUACCAGCUACGCCGUCUUCAACAUCUCGGAAACCCAUGGAGACAACUUCACUAUCUCCUUUUUAUUGCGCUCCCUCAAACACAAUGGUCUGCUCCUGCAGCUCCGUCGAGAAGGAAAGCCUUACCUGACAAUCUAUCUGAAGGAGGGCACUGUUGCUAUUUACAGCCCUCACACCACCCUGCUCUCAGAGGCCAAGUUUGCCACUGACGGCAACAAUAAUUUAGUGACUGUAAAGGUACAGUACGGCCAUGUGGUCUUCCCCAAAGCAGGGAAUCAUCGCGCCUUAGGGAAUGUAAGUGUAGAGACAGGGGAUGUGGCAUAUGUUGGAGGGCUCCCUGCAGGACAGAGCAUGAAUGCCUGGGGUGGAAAUAUCAAGGGAUGCCUGCAGGACAUUCGGCUGGACCACAAGCAUCUAACCAUUGAGGAUCUUCCAGAGGGGGUGGAAGUUUACCAGGCAAGCACAGCGGAGAACGUGCUGCCAGGAUGCAAAAGUGAUGACACAUGCAAGGAUCAGCCCUGUUUAAAUGGUGGACAGUGUCAGAUUACCUGGAACGACUUCAAGUGCAACUGUUCUAUUAACUACUCCGGCCGACUGUGCGAGACACGGGUGUGGUGCGUUGACAACCCUUGUUUUGACGGAGUGAGUUGUGUGGACCUACAGGAUGGUUAUGAGUGUUUAACUGAAGCCAUUUUUCAGGACAAUGCUCUUCAGUAUGUUGCCAACAGCUCCCUGCUGAGCCCUGUAACCAACAUUACAUUGGAUAUACGGACACGGGACGAGAACGGGAUCUUGUUGCGGGCCGUCAGCAGAGCCGAGGUCUUCUGCCUGGGUCUGCUCAACUCCUCCCUGCUGGUCAAACUGGACAGUGGGGUGAGUGCAGAGCUGCUGGCCUUCACAAGUGACAGGGCCAUCGCAGACGGAGCAUGGCAUCACAUCCAGCUGACCAUGGUCGAUCCCACACAGUUAGCGUCCCGCUGGCGUCUCACCGUUGAUGGGCAGAGAGUUGGUGGCAGCUUCGGCAUUGGUGGCCACCUUAGCUUCCUCAAUGACACCAAAAUCUGGCUGGCUGAGAAAUACACUGGAUGUUUAGGGGAGGUGAGAGUGGGUGGAGUCUACCUGCCACUUAUAAAUGUACCAGACGCCCCGCAGAUGACCCGGUUCUCCAGACUGGGUGGGCACGAGCCAAUCAUAGGCUGCCGAGGUGCCCCAAUUUGCGAUUCCCAGCCUUGCCUCAACCAGGGUGUAUGUCAGGACCAGUUUAAUGAAUUUAACUGCAGCUGCAGCACAGGAUGGGAAGGGACGCUGUGUGAGAUGGAGGUAAAUGAGUGUUCUUCAAGUCCCUGUGGCAACGGCACAUGUAAAGACCUUCUGGCAGACUAUCAGUGUGACUGCGAUCCUGGAUACACAGGCAAAGACUGUCAGAACGAGGUGGAUAACUGUCUGGAAUUCAGCUGUGUGAAUGGAGGAACCUGCGUGGACACGGUGGGAACUCACACAUGUUCAUGUCCUCGUGGCUACGUCGGCAAACGCUGCCAGUGGCGUUUCCCUCCAGUGGCGUGUGAUGCAAACACAGAGUGUCUUAAUGGAGGGGUUUGUAUAGGAGGUGACUCUGGAGGCAACUGCACCUGCAAGCCAGGAUACACUGGAGCCAGGUGCGAGACAGAAAUAGACGAGUGUGAGUCCAGCCCUUGUCUCAACGGUGCCACCUGUCUCGACAGACUCAACCACUUCCAGUGCGUGUGUGUGCUGGGUUUCAGUGGCACAGUGUGUGAGAGCAAUAAAGAAGAACAUAAGGAGCGAGUGCCCUGGCUGGUGGUGACCAUUCCCCUGAUCACCCUGUGUGUGUUACUGGGCAUCCUGGUGGUGUUUUGCCUCAUCAUGACAGCACGGAAGAAGCGUCAGUCAGAGGGCACGUACAGUCCCAGUUCACAGGAGGUGGCUGGAGCAAGGCUGGAGAUGGGCAGUGUCCUCAAAGUGCCCCCAGAGGAGCGGCUGAUCUGAGGCCAGCAGCCCUGCCUCACAUCCAGUAGAUGUGUGAAGAGUAGAUAUAGAGAACAUGUUCUCUGCAGUGUAACACUGAUGGGCCCUCCUGCCCUAUGAGGAAGAGAUGGAGGAUAAAUUAUAUGACUGAUCCUCCACCUGGGAAAACUAUGAACAUUGAAGUCUCACAGAGGGACAGAUAGAGACCAGAGGCUGAGAGAGACAAUCUCCUCAGGCUGUCAUGUUGGGGGAAGUCAAAGGAUGCUCUGACCCUUGACGUCCCCUUGAAAAGUUGAGUUUUAAGGACAAUCUCAAUCUUGAUUCACAUGGGAACAAAAUCAUGUGAGGAUCAUGUUCGCACAUGCUGAACACCACUGAAACUGAAACUCUCUGACACCGUCUAUACGGAUCAUGUAAUUCAUAAUUUAUGGUUUAGCAAAGCAAAGCAAAACCUCCCUUUGCAGAUGUCAUUGCUAAUUCUGUUUUGCAAGAAAGAGGAAUGUGUAGAGGGAAAAUAAUACUUUGGAAGCAAAUGUUGUCAAAUCACAGAAUUAGCAUUGUUAUAUUAUCAGGGCUGCCCUUUUUCACCAACAUACUCCUCAUUACAUUACACAUACAAGCGGGUGUUUUAUUGUGAGACAGACACUAAUUUAAAUCCUUGCUUUAUCUUGUUAGUGGUCCCUUGGUAAUGCUUAUCCUGCCUCACUUCAAAUCUUCUGUCAUAAUGGGUUUUGCCACCUGAUUUCAGUUUAUUUUCUCUCCCUCCUUCUACGGUAAAUGUUUGUUUUUGUCUCAAACAUUGGAAGCAGCAGUUGCAAAAAUAAGUUGAAGAAGGAAUGUAUUUUUUCUCUUGCUGAAUAAGUCAUUUUUAAUUUGUACAGUAUUGCCUUGAGCACUGGUGAGUUAGAAUAAUUCUUGUCUCAUGGGAAAAGAGCAUUGACAAGUUGAAGGCACAACUCGUCUAUCAUGUGUCUGCAGGUUUUCAUUUACUCAGUUACUGAGUAAUUUCGCUUUAUUUAAGAUGCUGCAGUCUGUGAAUGAAAAGAUGCAAACAAUUCAUACGAUGGAUCAUGACUCCAGAACCAUCAACUGAAUGUGGGAAUGGAUCACUGCAGGAGUCAAAGACUGUAUAUUUGCUGUACAAUAUUGUCAACGUGCACUGUAAAGGCUAACUACUGAGUGCUGUUUGUGUUUUAUAUAUGUAUUUGUGUUGUGUAUAAUGUAAUGCAAAAGUUUAAGUCCCUGUAUUACUUUUUGUAAUAUUGUCAAGGGGAACAAAAUAGGAAUUUUAUUGUUCUGGUCUAAAGUACCGCAUCAUGUUUGUGAAGGAAAUUCCUAAAACUUAGAUGCCACUGUAUUCACAUUUUUACUCCAGGAAGUCCCACUGCUCACUUGCCUCUCACUCUGUACUCACCAGUGCUGCUAACUUUUUAAACUUUUAAACCACUUGACCCGUAUGCUUUUACAGGUAACUUAAGGUGCUGAUGUGACAUAUACUCAGACUGACGCACUGUAUUUUCAUGAUAAUGGAAAUAGAAAAGUUUGUGAAAUGAAAGUGACAUGCAGGUCACAGCUGAAUAUGAAUUAGAAAAACACUGGUCAUUACUAUCGAAUGUAGUAUUAAAUGUAAUUUUAAGGAUUUUGCUCAUAAGCUGUAAAGUUUUAGGUAGAGUUGGUACCAAUGACAAUUACUUUCUGGAUUUUACAGUUUACUUUGACUUUAUUUCAUCUGACCUAGUACAACUGACCCAAUAUUGCUAAAAUGUGGCUGAUUACAUACAUUAUAUAGCCAAGUAGGUUGAAAUCCCUGUCCAAUGUUAGUUUGGUGUGGAGCCAAUGAAAGAACAUCUUAAUAGUACAGCAGUUUGUGUUUGUCGCAUUUCUGUCCCAACAUCACAAUGCCCCCACGCACAAAGCCAGAUCCAUAAAUAAAUGAUUUCCCAGUGUGGAAGCACUUGCCUGGCCUGAACACCUUUGGGAUGAACUGGAACACCGACUGUGAGCCAGACCUUACCAGCCAACACCAGUGUUGGACCUCAUUAAUGCUCUUGUGGACAAACGGUAGCAAAUCCCUGCAGCCACGUUCAUCAUCUGGUGGAAAGUGGAAACUGUUAUAGUAGCACAUCAAUGCUCAUGGUUUCAGAAUGACAUAUUCAGCAGUUAGAUAUAUUGAUGUAAUGUUCCCAUGCUCAAGCUCUCCAGCAGCAGACCUGGGCUCCACACCUCUACAAAGAGGUCUUCUGAAAUGUACAUGAGGACCUGACGUGCAUAACAUCAUUUUUGAAAAAGAGAGACCCAGUCCAGACUGAUUUCCUUAAAUAUUUUCUUCUGUUAUGAUUACGGUUAUAACCUCAGAUUAAUUCAGAUCCACUCAAGCAUUAGACAUAUUGACACUGACCCAGGACCAGUGGCAGUAAAAUGAGAUCCUUCCUAGCUCAAGUAUAAUUUGGACCAACUCUGUUCCUGGGUCGGGUCUCGGUUUCUUCGGGGCUGAGUGGACCCAUGAAGACCUCUUCUCAACAUCAACCCCUUCUCAACCCAAGAGUUCAUUCACUAUAUGUGUAUUGUUUGCACCCAUUGCAGAUGACUUUAGGUUAAGCUUUUGUCUUCUGUCCAUAUGAACAUAUGGUUUUGUUGUAAAUGCAGGAAUCAGAUACAGUUUACAAGUGGUAAUUAGACAAAAAAAAGCAUCUACAAUACAUUCAAACUGAUCUAUACUGCUGCUUCUCUCACUGAGUACGAGAAAGUGGGGUUGUUUCCAUUCCUACUGGCUACCUGGAGCGUUUAAUAAAGGUCAUUAAACACUAAAUGCUCCAUUAAAACGACUGCAGACAACGUAUGGGUGUGUGCAUGAUGAGAUGAGUAUGUAUGUGCCUUCAUGUUCUCCUGCAUCCAUGAAACACAAGAAUCCUGUGGUCUGUGUUUAUGCUCAUUCUUCAGACAGAUGAAAGCCUUUGUGAAGACUCUAUUUCAUGGACAGAAAGCUCACUGUGAGAAGUGUGCAGGCACGCAGCUCUGCUCAAAUAAUCAAAUGUUGUUAAAAGCAUUAUGAUAUUGUACAGACAUACAGUGUUAAACAGUGUUGUUACUUAAUACACAGAUAAGUAUUCCAACUACAUACAGAAUGGUAGUUUACACUGGAGUUGUUUGUACUAAAGCUGUACUAUGGACAGCACACUGUAGAUCAGUACAUGAGGAGUUUAUUCCACAACAUGAUAUAUUUACUUUAGGAAACAAACAGGAUUCAGUUUAUGAGUGAUAUAAUAACCCAGCACGUGUAUUAUACCACUCACUAAUAACCUCUGCUUUUUAAAAGUGAAUAUCUCAUUUUGAAAUAAAUCUCUUUAUUAGUACUCAGAACACUUGUCUUGUGGUUUUUGGAUAUUUUGUGCAUUUAGUAAGAAAUGGCAUUUUAAUUGGAAUCAAAGUUUGCAGGUAUGAAAUGUAUCUCAAACGGUGU